UAAAGAUUUUGAAACUUAUGACAAAAAGAAAGUUAGGAAAAUUGAGGAGACUCUUCAAGGAAUUUUACCACCUCCAUCAGUGACAACAUUAAAAACAGAUGUCACAGAAAUGCUUAAAAAGUAUUACUGCUUCCUUCCUGCCUUUAAUGAUGACAAUAAAAUCAACACUUUGGAAGUUAAUUCAAUGACACCAACCAAGAAGGUUUCUUUUGUCCACAUUCCAACAACUUCUACUGAAUCUGAUGAAAUACAAGAAAAUUCUUCCAAUGUAAAUACAAAGAAAUCUUAUAAUAGUAAUAUGGAGAAUCCUGAAUUAAAUACAAGUAUUAAUGACAAGAGCAUUGACUUGAAAAUGUGCACUGAAAUUGAAGUAAAGGAGACUUUAUGGCCAGAUGUUAUGAAGUGCAGAUAUUUUGAUGUGUA